AUGAGUGACAACGAACGCACAGGGCCUAAUGGCGAUGAUGAGCUCUCGCUUCCCAAAGCUACUGUUCAGAAACUGAUAAACGAAAUGAUGCCUGAUGACAUUGUAUGCGCAAAAGACACACGCGAUCUUUUGAUCGAUUGCUGUGUUGAGUUCAUUCAUUUGAUAGCAUCCGAAGCAAAUGAAAUUUGCGAAAAGGAAACCAAAAAGACCAUUGCAGGAGAGCAUGUGGUUGCAGCACUACAAGCACUUGGCUUUGAAGAGUAUGUCGAAGAAGUGGAUGAAGUGUUCAAAGAGCACAAAAAGCAGCAAAAGGACCGAGAUAAGAAGAGCACCAGACUAGAAAAUACUGGCAUUUCUGAAGAAGAGCUACUGCGACAACAAGAACUACUCUUUGCUCAAUCACGUAUCAAAUUCGAAGCACAACAACAGUAA